AUGUCGGAAGUGGUCAUUGACGCAGCCACCUUUCACAAAAGAUUGGCUCUCCUCCAGAAGAGCUUGUCGUCCGGCCCAGAAAACUUGGGCGCGCUCCUUUUCUUGGUGGGUGCUAGAGACGAUGAGUCCACAUACAAAAAGUCGAUUGUGGUCCAACUUUGGCUCUUGGGAUACGAGUUCGCACACACUGCCAUUUUCGUGGGCGCCGAGAAAUGUGUGAUCAUCACAAGCGAGGGAAAGGCCAAGCACUUGAAGCAUUUGGCAGCCUCCAUGCCUUCAAACAGUGGGAAGUUGGAGAUCUGGACCAGAACAAAAGACCAGGAACACAACAAAAAGUUGUUCGAGGAUUUGGUCAAGGAAUUGAAGCUGGCCACUGCCGAGUCCGAGAAAAAGAUCGGUACAAUCACGAAGGAUCAGUUCAAGGGCAAAUUCAUAGACGAAUGGACUGAGAUCUCUGGUGCGGCCGAGUUGCCACUCGUGGACGCAGCCGCCGUAGUGUCUCGUGCCAUUGAGUUGAAGGACGCAGAAGAGUUUAAGGCCUCGCUGUUUGCAGCCAAGGCUUCGGUGGUCAUGAUGGACUCCUUUGCCAACGAUAUGAUGGAUAUCGUGGACAAUGAGACAAAAACCACCAACGUGGACAUCUCCGAGAAGCUCGACAAGAAGAUCGACAGCAACAAGUGGUUCACGCGUUCCGAGUUGGGCAAAAAGCUCUUGCUGGCCAACCGUGAGUUCGACCCGGAGCUCUUAGACUGGUGUUACUCACCAAUUGUUCAAAGUGGCGGCGAGUAUGAUUUGAAACCAAGUGCUUACUCUUCGGAGAGCAAGUUUGUAGGCGAUGGUGUCAUUAUCUCGUCAUUGGGUUUGAGAUAUAAGAACUACUGUUCUAACGUCGGUCGUACAUUUUUGAUUGACCCAAGUCCUGCUAUGGACGAGAACUAUACGUUUUUGUUGGAAUUGCAAGAUCAUUUACUGAAGACAUUGCUCAAGGAUUCCAAGCUUGCCAAGGACGUUUACAAGGGUGCCAUUGACUAUAUCGAGGCCAAAAAGCCGGAAUUGGUUUCCCACUUUACAAAGAACGCAGGCUGGUUGACCGGUAUUGAGUUCAGAGACUCUACUCUCGUUUUGAACGGCAAAAAUGAAAGACCAUUAAUUAAUGGCCAAAUUGUAUCCUUAACAAUUGGCUUCAACAACUUGGUCAACGACGCUGCUUCAAACCCCAAGUUGAAGAACUAUGCGUUGCUUCUUACUGACACUUUCAAGAUUACCGAAGGCGAGGCUAUCUCUUUGACAAACUAUCACAAGGCUAGAAGCGAGGUGACAUUUUACUUGAAGAACAUACAAAAGUCCAGUGUUAAGAGAGAAAAUGGCGACAAGAAAAUUAAGUCGGAGAAGGAUGCCACUAUCGAGAAAAAGCUUGCUGUCAACGAGGCCAAUUCAAAGAUUUUGAAAUCCAAGUUGAGAAACGAGAGUCAAGCUGCUGAUGAUACGAAUGCUGAGAAAGUUCGUAACGAAAUUCAAAAGAAGUUGCACGAGAAGAGAGAGCAAGAGGGUUUGGCCAGAUUCUCGAAGGCCGAUGCAGCCGACGAUUCUGAACUUAAACCGAUCUUCAAGAGAUAUGAGUCUUAUGUCAGAGAAUCUCAAAUUCCUAGCAGUGUCAGAGAUUUGAAAAUCCACAUUGACUACAAAAACCACACGAUCAUUUUACCAAUUUGUGGUCGUCCAGUUCCAUUCCACAUUAACUCCUUUAAGAACGGGUCUCAAAAUGAAGAGGGUGACUACACAUACUUACGUUUGAACUUCAACUCGCCUGGUGCAGGUGGAGCUAACUCCAGAAGAACCGAGUUGCCCUACGAAGACUCUCCAGAUCAUCUGUUCGUGAGAUCUAUAACAUUCCGUUCGAAAGACCGCCAGCGGAUGGUAGACGUUUACAAGGCUAUCUUAGAAUUGAAGAAAGAAAGCGUCAAGAGAGAAGCUGAAAAGAAACAGCUUGCUGAUGUGGUAACUCAAGGAAACUUGAUCGAGCUCAAGGGCUCGAGAAUGAAGAAAUUGGAGCAGGUUUUUGUAAGACCAACUCCCGACACGAAAAAGACCGGCGGUGUUUUACAGAUACACGAGAACGGUUUGCGUUACCAAUCAUCCUUCAGAGCUGAUCAGAGAAUUGAUAUUCUUUUCUCCAACAUCAAGCACUUGUUCUUCCAGUCCUGUAAAGAUGAAUUGAUUGUCAUUAUCCACUGUCACUUGAAGAGCCCUAUUAUGAUUGGUAAGAGAAAGACUCACGACGUUCAGUUCUACCGUGAGGCCAGUGAUAUUGCUUUUGAUGAGACCGGUGGUCGUAAGCGUAAGUACAGAUACGGUGACGAAGAUGAAUUGCAACAAGAAGAGGAUGAGAGAAGAAGAAAGGUAUUGUUGGAUAAGGAGUUCAAGACCUUCGCAGAGACUAUCAGCAAAGAAUCUGGCGGAAAGGUGGAUCUAGACCAACCGUUCCGUGAAUUGGGAUUCCAAGGUGUGCCAUUCCGUUCUGCAGUAUUCUGUAUGCCUACCAGAGACUGUUUGAUUUCGCUUAUUGACCCACCAUACUUAGUGGUCACUUUGGAGGAAAUCGAAAUCGCGCACUUGGAGCGUGUUCAAUUCGGAUUGAAAAACUUUGAUAUGGUGUUUGUUUUCAAAGACUUCCUGAAGCCCGUGGUGCAUAUCAACACGAUUCCUAUGGAAUUGUUGGAGGAUGUGAAGAGUUGGUUGACCAAUGUGGACAUUCCACUCAGUGAGGGUCAAAUGAACUUGAACUGGGGAACGCUUAUGAAAACUAUCAAUGCUGACCCAUACACAUUCUUUGCUGACGGAGGCUGGCGCUGUUUGGCUGGUACUGGUGACAGUGACGACGAGGAGUCCGAGGAGGAAGAAUCCGAAUUCGAGGCCUCUGACGAUGAUCCAUCUGACGAAGAGGUCGACAGCGCGGAAGAGAGCGAAGACGCUUACUCUUCUGACGGCUCAGGUAGCGGUAGCGGCAGUGGUGAAGAGGAAGAGAGUGAUCAGGGAGAUGACUGGGACGAACUUGAAAGAAAAGCUGCACGCGAGGACAGUCGGAGAGGUAGAGAGUAG